GGAAUAUUUUGCAAAGCAAGAUUGAAUCCCCACACGAGAAAAUUCAUUGUGAAACUAAUUGAAGAAUUGACAUUUCGAGCUACGAUUUGACAGAUACGGCAAGACCAUUUUUACAUGUGUAUAAAUGUCCAUUACGUACAUUCAUCAGUCUCGUUGUAAUCGCGGAUCUAUCAAACUCAAUUUCGGUCGAUCAAAGCUGUUCUCGUAACUUCUCUGUCUACAACAAGUGAAGACGUUAUAGGAAGCAUUACUCUCAUCCUACCUAAAUUUUCCACGGAAAGCGAAUUUCAACGAGCCAUAUUUAUGUUUUGAAAACAUGUGAGUCUUCAUUGUGGGGGAACUGGCGCUCGAUGAAUAAUACRCACCAGUUUUUCCUUGGAAAUACAGCCCUGUGUAGUACAAGAUUUUGAUUACUACACAAAUAAUAGAAUGGAAUAUAGUCAUUCAUUCGAUGGGGAACAAACAAAUACAAAUGAAAAAGUUGUUAUUAAUGUUGGAGGUCAACGACACGAGACUUAUAUUAAUACUCUAAAAAGCAUCCCCGAUACACGACUUUAUUGGAUAACUGAAAAUCCAACUCAACUGGCGGAGUAUGACCCAAACACAUCUGAAUAUUUCUUUGAUCGUCAUCCCGGAGUUUUCUCUCAUGUUUUGAAUUUUUAUCGAACUGGGAAGCUACACUGUCCGAAUGAUGUUUGCGGACCCCUGUUUGAGGAGGAGCUCAUGUUCUGGGGUAUAGAUGAACUGCAGGUGGAGCCGUGUUGUUGGUUAAAUUUUAAGAAACACAGAGAAGCACAAGCACAAUUAGACCCUUUUGAAGGGGGGAGUUCUGAUGGAGAAAGCGUUGAAGAUAUGGAUAUGACAGUUUACGGGCUUGUAGCCGAUUCAAUACGGAGGAGAAAUAGAACAUGGUGGAAGAGGUACCAGCCUAAAGUUUGGACUCUGUUCGAGGAACCUUACUCGUCGAUACCCGCACAGAUUGUGGCGUUUCUGACCCUUUUUUUCAUCAUCACCUCCGUCGCAAUAUUCUGCUUGGAGACUAUUCCCUACUUCAACGACGAGAACACUACCCCUUCAAAAGUGAUUUACAUAAUUGAAGUCAUCUGCGUCGCUGUUUUCACACUAGAAUUGGUCGUUAGGUUAAUAUUCUGUCCAAAUAAACUAUCAUUUUUCAAGAAACCGAUGAACUGGAUCGAUUUUGGCGCCAUUUUACCGUUCUAUCUUCAAUUGUUUCUGAGUAAGUCAAACAUAAAGACAAUUGUUGUUCUUCGAGUAGUGAGACUGAUUCGCGUGUUCAGGAUCUUUAAACUUUCCCGCCAUUCCUAUGGACUACAAAUCCUCGGCCACACCCUCAAGUCGAGCUGUAGCGAACUGUUCCUUCUAGUCUUCUUUCUCUCCAUUGGAGUGAUUAUAUUUUCUAGCGUGAUAUAUUACGCCGAGAAAGACGUGCCUAACACGUAUUUUAAGACCAUACCUGAUGGAUUUUGGUGGGCGGUUGUUACUAUGACGACGCUUGGAUAUGGUGACAUGGUGCCAAGAUCUCUACAGGGGAAAAUCAUAGGCUCACUUUGUGCAAUCAGCGGUGUCUUAAUGAUUGCUCUCCCCGUACCGGUCAUUGUGAGUAACUUCUCGUUGUAUUACUCUCACGCUAAGGCCCGGAUGAAGCUUCCGCGAAAAAAGCGACCGCUGAUCUUUGGAGCGGCAAGCGCGCUGCGUGUUGCGCAACCGUUUGCUGUCAACGAAUACAAAAAAAAUGUUAUCACCCAACUGAUGCGUGACGGGUCGAAGGACGAUGAUGAUGAGAACAUUGCUAGCUUAACGCGGAGAUCCCUGCGUAAUUCAGAUCGACGGAGCCCAAACCAAGCUCAACUUAACUCUUAUCGCAGUUGGUCACCAAGGAAUUUCAAUGGCACGCCACAUGCGUCCGUCCCCCGUCCCACCCCUAGACAGUCCCUCACGUCACCACCUCAGCCACUCAGAGGUGGCAAUCUAGCAAUUUCAAGUGCUCGUAGUAAUGAUAUGGAACUCAAAGAAAUAUCAAGCAAUCGAAGCCAAUUACUAGCACAAGUGACGGCCAUUCCACAAGUUGCGCUGCCUACAAGCCCUCCUGAGUCAACCUCCGACUUGAAAGAGCAAUUAUCGACCCCACCUGUGUCACCUGUGUCAUCCAAGCUCAGUCAUAGCCAAAGCAUUACCACAGAUCCUAAAUCCCCAAUCGCUAAGCUGCGUGGCAUCCCUGCUAAAUCUUUAUCAGUCGACUCUGCCGGCUCUCCGAGAGGACGCAGAGGUCGUCGGGGUAGUCUCUAUAUUGUGGGGUUCACAGCCAAGCACUGGCAGAAUAAGGCACUGAAUAAAAAUAAGCAACGCAAGACUCUAUCUGCCGACAAUAGCACCGAGAAAAGCGAACCGAAAGAAAAGGGAAAGGAGUUCUUUUCUUCGCUAAGCUGUGAGAACUGUCAGCAUUACAUGAAGGCACACUCUGCGGAGGUCCUGUUGCGCUCAGAUUCUGAUCGCACGGAACAAGGGAUUGAAAGCAAAGCUAACGACAAGGCGCGCAAUGCACGACGGGAAAGCGUAAUUCUAUUCAACCAAAUGUCACGUGCUCCAAAACACCCGAACCUCAACCGGGUUUCUUCCGGGAACCAAACCUUGAGUUUAGAAGAGACACCUAUGAGAGAAUUUGUUCGAAAAGAAUCCAGGAAAACACUAAGUGAUCCUACAAAGUCGUCGCAAGAAUUAGGAAGAAGCGACUCGACGUCCAAAAUCUCGGAUGAUUCGCUCUCCGUCCACGGUCAUUUGAGCCAGCGGCGUGGUUCAUCUCCUCUUAUUCGUCAACACGCAGUCUUUACAUUUGACAUGGCCGAACAACCUGCCAAUGGUGGAAAUCUUGAACCAGGCUCUUCAACCCACUCUAGGCUUUCCCCAGCAAAAGUCUUGAAUCAAGCCACCUCGCCAACUUUACCAGCACUGUCGGAAAGUGUCGGAGAUUCGUCGGAGAUGAUAGACGACGAGGGAGUGCAUAAUAGUACAGAUACGUUAUCGCCGACUGAUGGGAAAAAAAACUCGGGACGAAAAUCAAAAGUUCGUCCUAAGUCACUACCAUCAGGUUACGUUAAUGCCUCGUACCAAAGAGAGGAAGAAGAUCAUGAUCUACACGGAGCAAGGCGGCGAAGCUCCUUUCAAGAGGAAACUAAAGAGCCUCUCGCUGAAUCAGUGGAGACCGAGAAGCGUGGGUUUCAACCCUAUCGAAAAGACGAGACACAGAAUUGUGUCGCCGCGCUGAUCUCAAGCGUUCAUGAAGCUGAUUUUCCAGAACCUUGUUCCAUGGACUUAAAGGAUCAGUACUUGAAAGGUCGACGCACGCCAGUUGGUUCUGUCUCCAAUGCCAGCCUCCCUUCUAUAUCUGAAGAACAACCGGAAAUGAGUAGCGUUGAAACGUUUACAUCUAUUUCAAUGCACAAAGAUAAACAAUCUUUACACAGACCGGCGUCAGUGCCGCCGGAAUCAUUUUACGAAGGAUUUCCGCUCUCUCCGCAUAUCAUUCGAGCGAUAAGUUUACCAUUAAGUGCCACUUUUGAACAUUUACCUCAAAAUAGUAGCUAUUUACACCCGGAGUAUAACCAGAGAUCGUCAUCACACUACAAUGUAGAGCGCAAUGAAUCGUUAUUGGAGAGACGCCAAAGACCUGAGUUAUACUUGAGGCAUGUUUCUGAUUCCAUGCCACAACAAAGACAACAAGAGAGAACAAGUUACCCUGAAGGGGUUAUCACGUCGCCUAACGGUAGACAAUACCCGUUUGAUGGACUGAAUCGGUUCAAUUCACUUUCUGGUCUAGAUAGGAUUUCUUCUGUGCCAGAAAUGGAGAGGCUAUAUUCGUUCUCUGAUGGUGAUUAUCCUCUAAAUGCUGAUGACAGCCUAUUAUAUUCACCUCACACUCCUUCGUCGUUUGAUGUUCCGACUACAAAAACGCGCGAUACUGCAACAUCGCCGUUCAUUACCACUUGGCACGAAUCUGAAGAGGCCCUAGAACCGAUCUCUGCGGAACACCACAAAGAUUCUUCUCGUACAUCGUCUUUUAUUGACGAUACGAGUGCAAGUCGUUUUAGUCCUUCGUCGGAUGUAGGAGAAGUUCAAAACGCCAGCAAAUUUGGCAAACGAAAACCCUCGGAGGUAGAACUUCGGCCUAUAUCACGUGUAGAAGACCAAGCGGGAAGAAAGUAUUCGCUAUACGCUGUCCCCACGGCUUUAGAAGGGUUGGUAUUUUACGCAGCUGCACCGAGAAUUAGUAUCGACUCGACCGAAAGCACUCCGCAUAUAUCGAACUAUCCGGAUGACACACGAAACUCUCCCGAAGACUUCACGCAUCUUGACGAAGUUAACAAAGAUUUUACACCAGAUGAAGAAACUUUAAAAGAUUACACCGAUAACGGAAAUUCAGUGUUUCACCGUAUUGGGAAUUUCGACAAAAAACGUGAUAGGAAACCGAGUGGUCUUUCUUUGGACGAACAAACAAGYGUAAAUGAGAAGGAAGAUUUAGAUGGUAAAUCUGGCUCGCGAUCCCAAAGUGACAAAGGGAGCGGUCCCGCUGAGGCGUCUGUGAGAAGCAAACGCCAAGGAUCUCCUUCAUUGCCCAGGUUACAACGUAGCGAUAAUAGUGUGAUUUAUAACGGGCACGAAGCUUUACAGCAAAAGCUAUCGGGAAAUCUUCAUGCCAAGAGACCUGCAAGCUUGCCCUCGCCCGACAGAAGACGAGCAAGAGCGAUUUUUUUCGGGGAUUCUGGAAUCAGUAGCGUUGGUAGCGGGAGUACCACUUCGAUGUCGCACUCUCUCGAACUCGAUAACGAAUCCAAAGAAAAGAAAGAAAACGCGGCAAAUAUUUUAAAUCCUAUCAAAGAAACUGAGGUGGAGAAWCCGGCCAAUAGGUCAAUAUUAAGCCGUAUGGACUCCUUUGGCGGUGCAUCAGCAGAUAAGAGAACUCCUGUGACGACGUCAGUCAAUAUAAUGCUGCCUUCGAAAAAGUCACGUGAAAAUCACGUGAUUGAUAUAUUAAGUAAUUCUGACCUGUAUGAAUCUAGUGUAGUGUAGUUGAAAUGAUCAUGUGGUAGAUGCGUGACGUGAUCACUAAGUGCAGUUUUUAACAAUUAUUCGCCGAAGGCGAAGUGAUUAUCGGGGAAUAUUUACCGAGACGCGAGUCUUCGAGCAGCGAGGUAAAUAUUCUUCGAUAUUCACUGAGGCUGAGGCAA